GGUCUAUAAAAAAGGCGACGGAUGAUGUUUGGGUCUUCAGUUGCAGAUCAAAGAGCGACGUGAAAGAAAAUGCUUGCCUUUUCAAAGAUUCUGUGCGCAGUGGCAGUGGUGGCCGUUCUAGUGUCGUCGAUUGACGCCACCAAAAAAGGACGAGGCAGAGGCAGAAGUGGUGGCUAUGGCGGUAGUAGCAUGAUGAGUUCCUACGUUCAGUCAUCCCAAGUCUACGGACAGGUGAUGUGCAUGGUACCGUGCGGAGGAGGUGGUGGCGGGUACAACACGAUGCAAUCGGGUGGUGGUCACGGGGGUGGCUACGGGGGUGGUCAGCCAGCUCGUCCGAUGACCGGAAACAGUUACGGGGGCGGUGGGCAUUCUCCUCGUCCCACUUUAGCUAGUUCCGGAUAUGGAAGCUCCCAAGGUGGAUACGGUUCAGCUCCUCGUCCAGCUGCUCCUCGUCCAUCGGGAAAAGGUAAAGGCCAAUCUCGUCCGAUGACUGGAGGAUACGGGGGGCAGGCCGCUGCUUCGUCAACUGGUUACGGAGGUGGCCAUGCCGCUGUAGCUCCAGCUGCUCCUCGUCCAGCCGGUUACGGUGGUCAGUCUGCAGGUCACGCAGCUCGUCCCGCAGCAAGUGGAUAUGGUGGACAAUCUGCAGGUCACGCAGCUCGUCCCGCAGCAGGUGGAUAUGGUGGACAAUCUGCUGGGCAUGUAGCUCCCGCUCCUUCUGCAGGCUAUGGUGGACAACAUGCAGCUCCCUCAGCUGGAGGCUAUGGUGGUGUUCCUUCUGCUGGAGGACACGGUAGUCGCCGCGCUCCCGCUCCGGCUUCCGGAGGCUAUGGUGGACAACAUGCAGCUCCCUCAGCUCCUUCUCACGCAGCUCCUGUUCACGUUGCACCCGCUCCGGCUUCCGGAGGAUAUGGUGCUGGAGCAUCUGCUCCUUCUGCUGGAGGCUAUGGUGGUGUUCCUUCUGCUGGAGGACACGGUAAUCGCCCCGCUCCCGCUCCGGCUUCCGGAGGCUAUGGUGGACAACACGCUGCUCCCUCAGCUCCUUCUCACGCAGCUCCCGUUCACGUAGCUCCGGCUCCGUCUUCCGGAGGAUACGGUGCUGGGGCAUCUUCUUCUUCUGCUGGAGGCUAUGGUGGUCAUGCGGCUCCCGCAGCUCCUGUUCACGCAGCUCCUGUUCACGCAGCUCCUGUUCACGCAGCUCCUGUUCACGCAGCUCCUGUUCAAGCAGCUCCCGCUCAGGCUUCCGGAGGAUAUGGUGCUGGAGCAUCUGCUCCUUCAGCUGGAGGCUAUGGUGGUGUUCCUUCUGCUGAAGGACACGGUAAUCGCCCCGCUCCGGCUUCCGGAGGCUAUGGUGGACAACACGCUGCUCCCUCAGCUCCUUCUCACGCAGCUCCCGUUCAUGUAGCUCCCGCUCCGGCUUCCGGGGGAUAUGGUAGUGCAGCAUCUUCUUCUUCUGGAGGCUAUGGCGGACAUGUGGCUCCCGCAGCUCCUUCUCACGGAGCUCCCAUGACUGGUGGGCAUGGUGCUAGCCAAGGUGCUUCUUUAGGAGCCAGUUAUGGUCGUUAAGUUAACAGCAGCAGAUCUUCACCAAUACUAUUUAGCUCUGUCGAUUGUAUAAAGAGUUAUCCCCAACAAGUGCCUAUUCAGACGUUUAUAAGCCAUCAAUUAAUGUAAAUCAAUCCUGCAUAUGAAUACAAAUUUUUGAAAAUCUA